UCCAGGAAGUCUUCUUGGCUCUCAAAGCCCAGCAGCAGCAUGAGUGCCCCACAGUCAGCUGCACCAGAGAGCCCCACCGAGGGCCCCAGAGGCCCAGCAGGGAAGGCUGCAGUAGGUGUCCGGGAGAAGGGCCCUCGGCUCUGUCAGCGACUGCCUUCUAUUGUGGUGGAACCCACUGAAGCGGAAACUGUGGAAAGUGGGGAGCUGCGCUGGCCACCCGAGGGUAUCCAGAGGGGCACCCCUCAGAUCCAGGCUGCUGCUGCUCCUUCCCCAAGUCCACCCGGAGCACCAGAGACGGAAGCAGACGCCGACAUCACUGAGGGUGUCAGCUCUGAGCACCAGGCAUUCCCUGGUCCAGUAACAGAUACGGGUAGGGCAGGCUCUGCUCUCUGACCACUGAGAGGACCUCCAUCCCAGGAUGACUGGCUGAUUCACAGAAAAGGCUGGGCCCACCCAGGAAACCCAACUCACCAAGCUUCCUGUCUGGCUAGGUGUGGCCAGGACCCUGGUCCCUGCCUUUGUGCUCCAUGGCCCAGAUCUGGAAUAUAACCCUCUUUGUUCAGUGGUUUGAUGCAGAAAUAAAG